GAUUUCCUGUUCGGAGUCGACGAGUGGCUUGUGCACCGAUUGAGUGAGAAUUAUGCGCAAUUUCGAUUUUUCGUUCCAAACCAGCUUUCCACUGACGUACAGAUUAUCUUCAUGGCACAAACCCCGAUCAAAGUACUGGUGACUGGAUCGGUCAAUGGCCGCUUCACCGAGCUUUUCGACAAAGCCAAAACGAUCAAUAAUAAAUACGGGCCAUUUGACGUUUUACUAUGCACCGGCAACUUUUUCAACGAGACAAGCGAUAUUGAAACGAACGCAUUGCUUCAAGGCGUUAUAGAUGUUCCUUUGACAACUUAUUUCAUCACCGGCAGCAAUGCUUUGCCUGCCGCAGUGCAAUCGCGCAUCGAAAAGGCAGACGGCGAAAUCACAUCCAACUUGUACCAUCUCGGUAAACGCGGUGUGCUGACGACAGCCCAAGGCUUAAAAAUUGCUUUCCUGUCUGGAGCAUUGCAGGAUUCGAAAGACGCCGACGAGGGUGAGGCGGCCAAUAAAUACACGCAAAAGGAUAUCCAAGCGUUGCAGUCGACCCACAUGCCAAUUACUUCGCCCGCUGGCGUGGAUAUCUUGCUAACCCACGAAUGGCCGGGAGGGAUCGAAACUCACAGUGCUCUGAAGCCGGCUUCGUCCCUUGCCACCUGCACUACCUCGGUCGCCCAAUUAGCGGCCGUCUUGAAACCACGAUACCAUUUUGCUGCCUCGGAAGGCGUAUUUUACGAACGCGAACCUUAUGCAAAUGCCGUUGGCUUUGGAGGACCCGAGGAAAGACCCGCCGAUCACGUUUCUCGUUUCAUCGGUCUAGGCGAUGCAUUAAACACUUCCAAGCAGCGAUGGUUCUAUGCCUUUAAUCUGGCGCCUUUAAGCACCGUGUCCGCGGAUACUUUGAAGACGGUGCCUGAGAAUACGACCAGUUCUCCUUUUGUCGAAUUGUUGUCAGGAAACGCCAGCAGUGUCGGUCAGAAACGGUCGCAUACUACCACCGUGGAUGACGCCAGUGGAGGUUAUUUCUAUGGCAAUGAUGCGAAACGUCCAGCCACAGUGCCUCCGGAAGGAUAUGUAUGCAACCGAUGCCAUGUGCCUGGACAUUGGAUCAAGGAGUGUCCAAAUGCUUCCAACGAUGCGUUGGUAUGUCGAGCUUGUAAUCAAUCUGGUCAUCACAUCCGAGACUGUCCGAAUGCUUCUACCCAUCGCCGAGAACCUCCUGCUGGUUACCUGUGCAAAAUCUGCAAAACUCCCGGUCACUUUAUCAAUGAGUGCCCUGAGAAACAACAACGCGAUCCUAAUAAACGUGGCGCCGACUUAGAAUCGUGUUGGUUCUGCUUAGCGAAUCCUAAGCUUGCCAAACAUUUGAUUGUGUCGAUUGGUGACAGUAUCUACGCGACGCUGGCAAAGGGCCCCGUGGUUUCUAGUCAUGCGCCCGGGGCCAUACCUGGAGGCGGACAUGUUUUAUUGAUUCCGAUCACUCACUAUCCCACUUUCAGAAAAAUUCCGAUGGAAGCUCAGGUCGAAGUAGUGGCCGAGUUGGAAAAAUACAAAAGCGCUUUGCGACAGCUCUUUGAAAAACAUGGAUGUGACAUGGUCGUUUUCGAGGUCUGUCGCGAAACCUUGCGGGGCAUGAGCCAUGCUCACCUUCAAGUCGUGCCUGUGCCCAAAGAGAAAAGCCCGCUGUUGGAGGAGACUUGCUUAAAGGAAGCUGAGUCUCAAGGCAUUCAGUUUACCGACAGGGUCCCGGAAAAUCCAGAGGUUGCCUAUUUCAAGAUAGACUUGCCCAAUGGGCGGUCGUUAGUGCACAUUAUUCAACCCCGCGAGCGAUUCAAUUUGCAAUUUGGAAGACUGGCGAUUGCAAAGGUACUCGGCCAACCCGAACGUGAAGAUUGGAAAGCAUGUGCACAAUCAGAGGAAGAAGAACGAAAGGACGCCAAUGAUUUCAAGGCUGUGUUUAAACCUUUUGAUUUCACUCUGUGAUAACCGCCAUCUGAACUUUGAUCGCAUCAUUGAUGACGGCUUGACUAAUAUUAAUUGGGAAAUAAAGAUCCGGGGAAGUGGGUCAUUGCCCUUCACUCUCGCUUAAUUCGACUGAUCGUAUCUUGAAUCACUGCAAUCCCCGUUAUUUGAUGCCUUCAGUCUAAGUAGGCAUGCCAAAAAAAAAAAAAAAGUCAGUCGUCUAUAAAGGAAGGAGCC